GACUGCUUCAUUUGCAAUUACAAACACUGAAGACCCGAGGGUUGAGGGGGGUGCUAGGGACCCAGAGGCACAGCCAGUUGUCACGGGAUGCCCCCACUCCUCCCAUUUCUGUGCUUCUGAAAAAGGAAGCCCGUGGAUUUUGCUCUCAUGGACAUUGGAAUCAGGCAGUGGGCCUAGCUCUGCUCAGAGGGGUCCCGUGCUCUUGGGCCAUGGGCUUCUUCACCUCUACUGGGGCUUUGACAAAGAGGAGUAGGAGAGUGCUUUACAACAGGGGAAGCGGCGUCCUGCUGGAGGGAGAAUUGGUCGAUGUAUCUCGGCACAGCAUCUUGGACGCCAACGGCAGGAAGGAGCGCUACUACGUGCUCUAUGUCCAGCCCAGUCUCAUCCAUCGCCGCAAGUUCGACCCCAAGGGAAAUGAAAUCGAGCCCAACUUCAGCGCCACCAGGAAGGUGAACACAGGCUUCCUCAUGUCGUCCUACAAGGUGGACACCAAGGGGGAGACGGACAGACUCACGCCCGAGGCCCUGAAGGAGCUGGUGAACAAGCCCGAGCUGCUUGCCCUGACAGAGAGCCUCACGCCCGCGCAGACUGUGGCCUUCUGGAUGCCGGAGUCGGAGAUGGAGGCGCUGGAGCUGGAGCUGGGGGCCGGGGUACGGCUGAAGACGCGAGGCGACGGCCCGUUCCUGGAUUCAUUAGCCAAACUUGAGGCUGGAACAGUGACCAAGUGUAAUUUCACCGGUGAUAGAAAGACAGGGGCAUCCUGGACUGACAACAUCAUGGCCCGAAAGUCUUCUGAGGGGGCCACGGCGGAGACCCGAGAGCAGGGGGACGGGGCAGAGGACGCGGAGUGGGACGACUGAUGUUCAUGGGAGAUGCUGUGUCCCCGGGGGCUCACCGGUGCUGUUGAGAACUUCGUCCAUCAACUUCCCGGCUAGAGUUCACGGAAGCAGCCCCCUCGGCCUUACCCGGUUGUUCCCUGCGGCGCUGUGGAGCUCGCUUUGCACCAGCCCUCCUGAGACCAAGGCCACGCCCACAGUGUUAGCAGUGGGGCUUGGGGCUGGGGCUCACGGAGGGUCCCUCCCUGAAUGUGAGUUUGGCCUCCCUGAUAGUUUCGUGAUGGCCCUGCUUUGUUGGCAGCCUCUGCCAAUGAUGGCAGCCUCGUUUCUGGAGGCAGGUGGUGAGGGAGGGCCCUAGGGCACUCAGAGGAACUGGGCGUGGUCUUGGUGCCGAACUGGGGACCGUCCCUCACCUACGUGCAGAGUGGCUCCUUCCUGUCCCUGUGUCUCCCGCUUUUGCUCCACACCUGCCCCCGCCCUGGUGCUGUGCGCUGUGGUCUUUGCUCUCCUGCCCAGUCCUCCUCGUCCCUGUGCCUUUUCUCUCCCUGAAGCUGCCUCUGGUUCUCUGCCACCUUGGGGGUUCCUGCCUGCUGACCUCUCUGGCUGCUUCCCUGGGGAUGCUGUGCUCAGAUGCGCUGGAUGGCCCCUAUCUCUCAGAUAUACUUGCACUCUGCCAGGUCCCAUUUUUGAUAACGCCUUGUUUUGUUGUUGUUUUGUACCUUGAGGCCUUUUUUAUACAUGCGUAAAUCUUCAUAAAAGGA